AUUGAAAGUUAUCCGAUAAUAUUCCGUAAUUUGAUUUAACGAUACGUCAUCACGGAAGAUCAACAACGAAGAUCAUCAAGGAAGAUCAGAAGAUUAUGUAUUUGAAAUUGAAUGAUUAAUUUAUUAAUACCUGAAAUUGUACGAAUUGAAGUUAAUAUGAAUACCGAGUACCCACGCUAUUACAAUUAAAUCACUCUAAAUCAUUAAUCCCACGUUCGAACGGUGGAAAUACAACGAGAAAUGAUGCCAGGAUGUAUUUGUCAAAGAAUGAAAAGAAACAAGAUACAAAUCGAUAAUGUCUCGUAAAAAGUUUCACGACUCGUUGGCAAGCAUCGGGAUGUCGCGUCAAAUGCGGCGUUUGAAUUUGAGCGCCCUUUCCGCUGGCUGGUUCGGCAGAUGCACGAAGGUCAAAAGUAUUUUAAAAAUAAGGCCGUAGGCAUUAGUAGAUUGAUAUGGCAGUGGAUGUUAAGGGUCGGGUGGCGUUGUAAUGGCAAAAAGUUUGCGAAAGUUAGUUUGAUUGUAGGGUUGGGACUGGAGAUAGACAACAUGGACCAACAGUAUUGCCUCCGGUGGAACAACCAUCCUGCCAACCUGACGGACGUGUUAAGCUCUUUACUCGCACGCGAAGCGCUCUGCGACGUUACAUUGGCCUGCGUAGGCGAAACUUUCAAAGCCCACCAAACUAUAUUAUCGGCGUGUAGUCCGUACUUCGAGAACAUAUUUCUACAGAACACUCAUCCGCAUCCGAUAAUAUUUCUAAAGGAUGUUAACGACACAGAGAUGAAGGCUUUGCUGCACUUUAUGUACAAGGGCGAAGUUAAUGUUAGUCAACAUUUGUUACCUAUGUUCCUCAAGACUGCGGAAGCUUUGCAAAUUAGGGGACUCACUGAUAAUAGUGUAAAUAACAAAACUGAAGAAAAAAGUCCAUCGCCCGAACCCGAAACCCAGACCAGCACGAGGCAUACCGAAUCGCCAAAUCUUCAAUCCCAUCCAGAAAAAAGGAAAAGGAAAAUUUCUACAAAUUACGAUGUCUCUCUCACCGGGCCUCCAAGCGAAAGAUUUUUGUCUGAUUCUCAAACAUCGUCUCAAUGUAGUUACAAAUCAAGUCCCCCAGUAAUUCCGAAAUUAAAUAAUACACUGGGGAGUGAUGUGGAGGAUGGUGGAAGACCCAUCACUCCGUCGUCUCAGCCUCAGCCUCCUAUAAAACAAGAAAUUGACCACCACCUAUCUGAAUUUCCCGAAAACAUCACCCUUCCCGGACAUCCUGUAAGUCUCUUAGGAGAGGAUGGAGGGCCAACCACAGGUACCCUCAGUGACGGCGUACCAGGAACAGAACCAUCUGAACACCACAACCCACAUGAAAUGCUUGACGGACUUGAUGUGUUGGCCAGUGAUGUCUCACUGAAGAGAGAGGAGGGGAUUUCCCCUCUAACUCAACCAACGGAGCUCCGGCUUUCCUGCUGGAUGCCUCCUCCCUCGCGACCCCGGGAUACAUGGGUAAUGAGAGGGCCAGAGGCAACUAACGGGUAUAACAUGUUCAUUCCAAUACCCGGUGAAUCCAGUCCUCAAUUAUACAGCUGUCGGCAGUGCGGCAAAUCAGUCAGUAAUCGUUGGCACCACAUUCGAUCCCAUCAAUCGCAGAAUUGCCAGUGUCCAUUUUGCAAUACUGUAUUCACUCGAAGUGACAAUCUUAAGGCACACAUUAGAAGUAAACAUUCGUCAUUUAUGUAGAAUAAAUAACUCGCACAUUAAUUAUUUGACAAAUUUUUCGCAUAAAGCGUUAUUCUAGCUUCAUAAGUAAUACAAGUAUGUCCUUUAUAUCUUGAUGCUUGUUUGCGUAUUAACCAAAGGCGUAUGCACUAAUAUCAGCCCAUCUAUAACACUGUUCUAGUGAUCUUUACGCAACAUAUUAGGAAGUCACCAAUUUCAAUUAUACUUUCUGUGCGGUUAAACGCUAUUUCGCCCACCCUGAAUGUAGAUGAAUACUUAUACUUGGCGUCGAUGAGCGUAGUCUUACCAAAUGCAAACUCAUAGGUUCAAGUUAAGAAAUCCCGCAUUCAACAGGUACCUCUCUUGUCCCCCAUUAACUUUCAGCUAGUAUUUUUUCGAGGUUCUCACAUUUCAACCCAUUAUGUAUGUUUUGUACAUAUUUCAAUGGACAUGAACUGAAAAUAGUAAAAACGAGUUCGACACAGGGCAGCAUAUUUUUUUGCUAUUAUGUGCACCUAAUAGAUCUAAUAUUAUAUUUCAUGUAGGAGCUAUUUCAAUCUACAAUGUAGUAGCUUGUAUUCAACGAAAGAAUCUCCAUUACGUAUUAAUCAUUAUUGUACCCCUCAUGUGCCAUACAGAUUACGUAGUCCGAUAAGUAUUUAACUCUUUGCUUUUGAAGCCGUAAUUUAUAUUUAGCUAUUAAUGCUUAGAUGAUAGAAUAUUAUAAUGUAAAUUGUAAUAUUUUUGUACUUGCUAUUUGUGAAAUAAAUGAUAAUUUUACUUUA